GGGAACGUCAACAGAAACAGUCCCUGCCGUUCCCUUUUUUUUUUUUUUAAUGGUCGCUCUUUUUCGAAGCAAUUUAUACAGCUGUUAGUUAGUUGUUUCUAUAUUUUUAAUUAACGCAUAUAUUUAUAUUUAUCUAUUGACAGAUACGGUUUUAUUCUGAAUGGAGGGUCUUGGAGUGUCGUCCGUUCAGCACCUGCAGGCUCUCUCUUCCUUGUUAUCGACUCAGCAUGGUGAUGAAGGUGAUGAAGGCGAUGAAGACUGCAAAAAGGGGACCGCUCAUGCAGGACUGGGUCCCGGACACAUCGGCCCUCCCCCCAAAAGAGACAAACAAGCGUCAACAUCCCGUGAGAAGAAGAACAACAAAGACAUAUGGAGCGAGGAAGAGGUGGCCGAGGGCUCCCAGUACGACGACCUCGCUGACCCGCGGCCUCAACCGGAGUAUGAGAUCCUCCUGAAGCAGAGCGUGGGCACAGAGGAUCUGUUCCUGGGCUUGAACAGAAAGGACCCGUCCUCCAUGUGCUGCGAAGCCAUGCUGGUGAAAAUCAAACUACCCGACACUGAAGCAACAGAUGUGGUCCUGGAUGUGAAAGAAAAGUUCCUCGAUCUCCGGACGCCAAAAUACAAACUGGGCCUUCACCUCCCGCAUCCGACCCACAGCCACGGGGGAACGGCUCGGUUCUUCCCGGAGAGCGGCGCACUGGAGGUGACCCUGCUCUUUAAACGGCCCAUGGAUGAGAUCAACAUGCCGUGAGGGAGCGUGACCGCACGCACAGCCACUGUUGGGAGUUUUCCCUGAUCCCAUUCAUGUUAAAAUAUGGUUUUCUAAUAAACAUUUGUCUAGUU